CUUAGGCUACCUGUCUCAUUUGUACAGCCCCGCCCCCGAUACACCUGUCGCUGAUAAAAAGCUUUGUCAAACGCAACGUGUCGUGUGGCUGUAGCCAAAAUCAUGACAACACGCAUAGAAAGCCUUCUUCAAAGCCCCUUUGAGUCGCGGUUAAGUCUGCCCUUUCACUUGUGGCCAACAGAUGUUGCCCAAGACUUCAAGACUAAAACACACUCUCUUCCAUGUAGCCCAGAACCUUGGCUUCUACCAGGCUGCAGUACAGUGUAUGAUAGUCUUGUCAGCUGCUCUAAAACCCCACAGUCAGCUUCACAUAAUGGAGAAAAGACUUCUGCUGUUCAGAAACCUCGCAGGUCCUCCAUCCUUGAGCGAUGCAUCCUGAAGAUGUCUACAGCUAGUGUUGCUGUUGGAACCGAAGACAUCGAUGGGAUCAAGAGGUCACCAUCAGGGGUACAGUGGUGCCCCCACAACGCUGACCCGUCACAUUUUGAGACCAAUGAGGCAGUUUUAAAGCGCAGACAAAAACAGAUUCAGUAUGGAAAGAAUACCUGUGGCUACCAGAACUAUGAGCAGCAGGUUCCAAAGCGUCUGCGCGUCCCUGGGAUCCACCCUUCCACUCCAAACAAAUACCGCAAAUAUAGUCGCAGAUCUUGGGAUAUGCAAGUCCGGCUCUGGCGGAGAGCGCUUCAUACAUGGGACCCACCAUCUGCCUCCCAGAAAAACAUGGAAGGACAAGACCCUGUUGAUCAAUUGCAGAGCUUGCUUGAAAAGAUGAAUACAGAGCUGUGUGAAGCCAGCGAAAAUGAGAGCACACAGUGGGAAAUGGCAACAGACUCCAUUAUUUCCCAACCCUCUGAGUUCUCAACCGAUGAUCCUUGGCUGCCUUCUAAUGCUUCUCAGAUUGGAGUCCCAUGCCACCGAGACCAAACCUCUCAGCUUGGAUUGGGCUAUACUUUUAGUAGUCACCUAACAGCACAGGAAAACGUCCUAGGAUGGUUGCGAUUUCUCCUCGAGACUGACCACAACCUAAACCAGGCGCCUUUGUUGCAUGAAGAGCCUUUCUGGAGAUAUACGUAGUGUCUCCUCAAAUGAUGUGACUGGUCUGCACAGAUCAGGUGCAAAGCUUGUUCUACCAGCAGUGUUAGACGUUAGAAGAAUUGCACGUUAGAAUCACCGUCUCCUAGUUCAGAAUGUUGUGCACUAUGUAUUUUGCAAUCAAGACAUCCUCUGCAGAUGAAUGUUUAAAUGUUGUACACUUCCAAGUUGCUACUUUGUUCCUCACUUUCUAAUUAUUUUAUCGUGUCCUUCAAAAGCACAUGUUCUAUUUAUUUUGUUCUUGACACUACAUUUCCCUCCUGUUUGUCACGUCACUGUUUUUCUAAAAACAGGAAGUUUAGAAGUUUUAUUUCUUAUUUUUGUGUGGACCUCUAUGAAUGGAAAGCAAAACUAAUAAAGAUGUGGACUGGCUAUA